CCAACUCUCCUUCCAACUUAAUCAAAGAAAACCACAUCGCUAACACCACAAUUGCCUAAUCACCACAAUCGCAAAAAUGUCCAACGUCCCCUCACCAUCGGAGCCUUGGUCGCUAAAGGGCAAGACCGCCGUUAUUACUGGCGGGUCUCGCGGAAUCGGCAGCGGCAUUGCCGUUCAUUUUGCCCGCAAGGGUCUAAGCAACCUUGCCAUUACGUACGUUGCCAACGAAGCCGCUGCCAACAAGACGCUAGAGAAGUGCCGCAAGCUAGGAGUCAAAAACGCCAUCACUAUCCAGGCGGACGUUACAGAUACUGCAGUUGGGCCUAAGAUCAUUAAGGAGGCUGUAAGCAGACUUAGCGUGACUACGAUUGACAUCCUCGUCAACAACGCCAUCCUUGGAGACGUCAGCAGGACUGUAGACCUCAAGACCCUCGAGGCCAAGAACUUUAACGAAAUCAUGGUCGGCAACGUCUACUCGCCUGUCAGCCUUACAGUCGCCUUUAUGGAAUUCGCACCAAAGUACGGAGGACGCGUUAUCAACAUCUCAAGCACAGCCAGCAAGACUGGCAAUCCUGAGUUCAUUAUGACCUACGGUGCCACUAAGGCUGCGCUUGAUAGCUACACGCGGUCUUUUGCGGACACAUUUGCCUCUAGCACAGGUAUUACCUUUAACAGCGUGUCUGUUGGACCGACGGAGACAGACGCGCUGGCUGCAGCAAAGGACAUGCUCCCAGGGUUCGUCGAGGAGCAGAUUAAAAGCAUAUCUGCAGCUCCCCGCUUUGGAACCACCGACGAUGUUGCGUACAUCGUUGGGUUCCUGGCGAGUGAGGAGGGACGAUGGGUAAACGGUGCCGCGGUCAGCGCCAACGGAGGACACAGAUUGACUCUUGCUCUGUUUGGCUGA